GGAUGAACUUCGGGUGGACCGAGUCCGAGACGCCGAAGAGGGGACUCUCCCGCCUCUUCUCGAGGAGGAAGCCCAGCCAGGGCCACUCCGGGCGCACGCCGCUUGCCACGUUGGCGGCGCCCUCUCCUUCCUUCUUUGGUGGGAGGAGGAGGCGGACGAGCAGCGUGGAGGACGGCCUGGAGCUGGACGAGAUCUCUGAUGCCACCCAGCGCGGGCGGCCGCGGCGGCGCAAGAACCUGAGCUGCCUGGGCAUCUUCGCCUGCGGAUCCUCGGCUCUACCUCGAUCGGGCUCCCUGGAACCCGGGGACCCGGAACAGGCCCAGGCCAUCACCCCGGCGCCGGCUCCCUGUCGGGGAGCCUGGAGCGGCGCCCUGCCGGACCGGAAGCCUCGCGGGAGUCUGGUGGAGCAGCUGGGCUUCAAGAGCCGGGUGCUCCGGUGCAGCAGUGCUGGGAGUCUUUGUACUACCUCCAGGCGAGAGGCGCGGCGAGAGACCAGGGCAGAGACCUUGGCCACCCAAACAGACCAGCGCCGCUUGAAGCAUUUCAUCUUGUCGACACCUUGA